ACUCGGAACCCUCUUAUAGCACAAAUGUUCCUGUACGGAAUGCUCUAUCAAGUGGACCUACCGCAGAGGAGCAAACGGAAAAUCAACAAACAGGCAGGUGACAGCCAGUAUGGCAGAGACUCAUAGUUUGCAUCCCAUUCGGCAGCAGGCAGCAAUUGCUGCCAAAGUCUUCAUACAGAGGGAUUAUUCUAAUGGCACUGUGUGCCAAUUUCAAAUCAAGUUCCCUUCUGAGCUGGAAACCAGGAUCGACAAACAGCAGUUUGAAGAGACUGUGCGGAUUCUAAAUAAUUUAUAUGCUGAGGCCGAGAAACUUGGAAGCCACUCGUAUAUCGAAGGUUGUUUGGCAUGCCUUACAGCUUAUACUGUGUUCCUGUGUAUGGAGACACAUUAUGAGAAGGUGUUAAAAAAGAUCGCAAAGUAUGUGCAGGAGCAAAAUGACAAGAUCUAUGCACCUAGAGGUCUCUUGCUCACUGACCCCAUCGAGAGAGGCCUUCGAGUUAUCGAGGUCACCAUCUUUGAAGAAAGAAGCCUAACGAGAUAGAAGCUUCCUCGACGAAUCACCAGAUGGCAGCACCGUCGCAUUGUAACCAAACGGGUUUUGCCGAGCCGACUGGAAAAAUCCAUUUGAAGUUCACGUCAGUGGCCGCCAUCUUGUAUCAGUGAAGUUUUAUAUCCUGUCUCUGCUGUAAUAGUCAAUUUUGAGCACAACUAUGUUGGAAAUAUGGCAUCAUAAUUACAAGGCAGGGGUAAAAGAAUGUGUGGAACACCAGCAGAAGGCCAUUCAGUCUGUAGGAGCCAAGGUGAAGCAAAAAGUUAAUGCAGAGUCUGAUGAGGAGUCCCCAGAAAGUAGGGACAUGGAUAAGAUUAAAGUUUCAUUUCAUUGAAAUAAAUAAAAAUGUUACAUUUCGAGUUUCAUGACAAUGUCUAUUAGUUAUAAAACUAAUUUUAAAAAGUGCCAUUUUAUGAAUGUAAAUUACUCCGUGCUCAUUCACUCAACCUCAAUGUGCAAUAUGUCAAAUUAAAGCCAAGAUAUUAAACAUUUUUUUGAUUAGUCGCAUUAACCUUACUGAGAUUUGUCAUUUAUCAGUAAUCAAGCAAUUUUCCAUAUUUGGCAUUUGAAAUUCUUCAACUUUAACUGGUAAUGACACUUUCAAAAAUGAAAAAUUUUGGGGGGGAAAGUUAAUGACAUUAUCCUUUCAUGAUUUAGAAAUAUAAAGAUGUACAACAAGACAUGUUUAAACUUUUUUUUUUUUUUGUUUAGUUUAUAAAAACUAAUUGAAAAAUCUACCCCUAAUUUCACAACAACAAAAAAAUGCUGAGAGUGUAUAGGGUUAAAAUACAAGCUACUAUUCAAAACGCCUGGUUAUAGGUACUGUUGUUGUGUACAUUGUAAUAUGUGUAAUGUACAUUGGUUUACGUACAUAUAUUUUUACAAUAAAUGAAUUUUUACAAUAAAUGAUUUUUCAUGCAAUGCAAAGCUAUUCUUUGGGCAGUCAAAGCAGUUCAUAAUCUGUGCAGUAAUGUAUUUUUCCAUGAUGUCAACAUAUUUGUAGGUGCUGCUUGAUCAGGCAGAUUUUGUGCCAGAGCACCAUUGCCCCCUCCCCUACUUCAACCUCCACUACCCCGACCCAAAAGGAACUCCUAGUCUUGUACUCUACUGCGUCUCAACAAUCUAUUUCACCAAACACGAGGAGCCAUCAAUGUCUAAAUGUAGUCUUCGAGUUAUUAAUCUUUGCUUCUUGUUUAGCAGUCAACACCACUCAUACUGCAUUGUUUACUAAGUCUGUCACACUAAAGUAUUUCCUAAUUUACACUAAAUCUCUUCAAGGCAUGAUGAAUUACCUAUUGUUUGGUUCUGAACAGAAUUGUGCAAACAUGAAAGGCAAAAUACAGUGUUACUUUUUUUUUUUUUUUUUCAAUGACUCUGGAAGUCUGUGAUCCAUUUUGUAUUGUUUAACAUUUUUAUGCUUGCUUUUUUGUCAUCUCUCCAAGGGUAACCGACAUGCUGAUUGUUGUCAGAUUUGGACAUUCCAGCCACACUGCCGUAGUUUAUGGUCAUAAUAUUUUCCUUUUUUAAUGCCUUGAUUUACAAGUUGUAGCUCUCUACGCAUGCAGUGCUUGUGCUUUCUUCAUAACGUGCAUUAAAUGGUAUUAAAGCGCUUAUGUAUAUACUGUGCCUUGCCAGUGUUUAGUGACUACUAGUGUCAAAUAUGCGUUAUUUGUUUAUUGCUGGAUUUACUUUGAACUGUAAAAAUAUAUAAGAGUGCCUGUUUGAAGCUUUUUUUUUUUUUUUUUUAAGCUAUUAUUGUUAUCGGUACCCAAAUGUUGUUGUUCUGGCAAGCACAAAAAAAGUGUUCAACAUCCCAUUAGGGCGAUGAUCCAUACAGUGUCUAUAUUUGGAUUGCAGUAUUAUUCUGAAAAUUUCUGACUAUGAAUCGUGACAUGCGACUGUCCUGUUUUUACACAUUUAUAAGGCGGAAAACACAGACAAGAAUGAAAAAGCAGUUUCUCCUCUUGCACCCCUCUUUAAAAGAAACUGCUGUAUUUUAAGAUAAAACAACUGUUGUGUUUGAUAGAACAAUAUGUCUAAAUGCUGCCAUAGCAGAAUGAUGGCACAUGAAGCCCCCGAACUAUUUUUAAUUUGUCCGUUUUACCCUGAAAACCCCCGUUAACAGACGUCGCGCAACUGCUUUUGUUUCAACCCAGCCAUAAAACAAAAGUAAUUAAUUAUAUUUAUUAUUCAAAAUGUCUGUCGUUUUUAGCUUAGAAUCAUUCAUUGAGAUCUCAUAUUUUGGUUUAAAAAAUAAAAUCACUUUAAAAAAUUAUUCACUCACAUAUUUUAAACUUUUAAACAAAUUAUGUCACAAUGAAAAAAAUGGCGUCUGUAAAAAAGGCACGGAUAUCUACCUCUUAACUAUCGCUUAAUUGGAUUUUUUUUUUUUUUGGUUACUGUCGCAUUUUCUCCAAUAUGUUAGAUGAUAAAUAAUUGAUCCAAACAAAAAAAGUUGAAAAAAAAAAAAAACGUUUAAAAGGGUAAAUAUAUGAAAAACAAAAUCUCGACCACUCCUUGAUGUCUGCGAUUUCUGCAUCGCGACCCUUGUUAUAUUACCAUGUUUCACACAUAAAAUCCCCCCAAAAUCCAGCUGUGGCCAUUCACAGCUGUGUCUUGACACUCAGUGAUAUAUGCUACAUGGAGUUUUUGGAUCGAAACAAAAUAAGUACGCGAUAAUAUCUCGUUAAAGUCAUGGCGUAUGUAAUUCUGUUCUCGCGUGCUCUCACCUCCUGAUAGGGUUUUGCUCUUUAAAAAUUUUUUUUUUUUUUUUUUUAAAUGCCCUCCUGCUCAAACUUUUUCUUCCCCCAGAAAAUUGAGAUUUUAAGCUUUCCAAUGAUGUAUCACACAUGCAUAUCGGACAAUUUUGAAAGUUGGAUAAAUUGGGGGUGUCAGAGCGGAACUUCAAGUCACCUGAGUGUUUUUCGCCAUAAACAAUGAUAUAACACUUAAAAUGUGUUAGAAGGUCCCUAGUAAUGAAUGUAAAGCAUCUUUAUCGUAGUAUUAUACAUAUUACACAGUGUUCAAUUUGAAACUAGGUUACUUUACUGAACACAUUUGGAAAGUAAAUGAUCGUACAGCAGGUAGUUUGUUACGUUAAAUUUCUGAUUGCGAUAAUGGUUUGUGUUACAGUAAUUGUGGGACUUUGGCUCCUGCUGUCCUCAUGUCACCCUCCAUACUUUUCCCUUUUUGUUUAUUUGCGACUUACUUCCUAAACGUCAAACAGAUUAAUAUAUUCACAGACUCGUAAGAAAGCCACAACUGCUGUAAGACCUCAUCUGUUUGAAUUUAUAUCAUGUGGUUAAAUGUUGUGGGAUUCCACAUUUUUGCAGUGAUUAAGUGUUUUGUUGAUCAGUUAUUACUUGUAGAAAUGAUUUAAAGUCAAUAGUUGUGCGUUUUUAUGUGAAUUGUUAAUACUCUUGUUUCGAAGACCGUAAGAAUUACUGUUGGAAUGGAUGUAAGGUUAGGAGAAAUGUGUGUUUUUGUUUUUUUAAACUGUGCUUAAAUAAAUGUAAAUCUGUAUUUCUGUUCCUUGUUUCUUGAAAUGAGUGUAGAUACCCCGUAAAAUGGAUCAAGCAAAACCUCAGUUAUGGUGAUCAAUCAGUACCCAGGAUUUGCAGGAAUGUAGGGAACAAGCAUAAAUCUCACAAACUGCAUGAUUAUCGUGUGAAUAAGUAGAAAUGUGUAUGUUAAAUUAAAAAAAAAAUAAAAAAAAAAACAUUGUGGAACACAAACUAAAAAAGCUUAAACCGAAUGAACCCGAAUUCUAGUAAUGGUGUUAUACUUGUAUAGCGCUUUUCCACCUUCUAAUGGUUAUUUGACAUAAAAGGGUUACAGCUGACAGCAACCUGUACCUAUUUUGUGCCAAGUUUGUACAUUCAGUAUGCCAAAUACAGUAUGGCUACACUUAACCGGAUGUGCUUUUAAGCAGGGAACGAAUCAUGUUUAUUUACCCUUACACUAUUAUAUACAUUUGUUACACAUGGGAAAUGUAAAACAAACAUUACUAUGUUUAAAAAAAAAAAAAAAAAAAAAAAGAGAAGUUGUAAAAGCAGCAUUCACAUGGCAUGGUGGGAAGAGACGGUACAGAACAUGAAAUUUGUAAUUUUAAUGAUUUAAAGAGUUUUCUUGAACUUCAACUCUUCAAAUAUUUGUUACAGUGUGAAAUCAGUUAUUAGUCAAUUGAUUUAUUGUAAAUUAUAAAGCACACAUUUUUGAGAAAUAUAUAUACAUUUUGGCAAAUAUAUACAUUUUUGUUAUUUGAAUGAUUUACUCUGUGCACGUAUACGUUUAUUCAGUCUGAACCUUAUUUUGAAACUCUUGCAUUAAUUUUAGCAACUCAUGCAUUCAUUUUACAUCUUUAUGUAACAUCUUAAUUUUGUUAUGUAGUUUCAUGCGGCUCUCUGUGGUCCGUCCAUGCUGACUGAUCUGAAAUAUGGGGUGAAUGUGGCCCGUUGAUUAAAAUAAAACAUGAUCCCAGGUUCUUCAGAUGAGUGUGGUAUGCGUAUGAGACCACAUGAGGUCAGUCUUGCCUUAUUUUACUUUGCAGUGCGUCUGCGCCAAGUUCAGUGGCAGAAGCUUUGUAAGACUGAAUGUUUUUGUCUCAAUAGAACUGUUUUUCGCAAUUGUUUUAGUACGUUUCUCUGCUCAGACCCGAAAUUCUCAAAACUACUUGUUCAAUCGUCACAACAUUGUAUCAGUAGUGCACAUAAAAAAAGCAGUUUACCAUUUCUUUGAACAAGUUGCAGAUGUUUUCGUACAUCCGUGCAAAUCCACUACCUACAACAUUUAGUCAUUAGUUCAUUGCAUGAUUCUUUUCAUGCAAAACGGAUUAACAUGUUGUCAGAAUAUGUCAACGUGUGUGCCUAUUUCCAAACAUUUUCGUUACUUAUUUUAUGUAACUUAUUUUAACCUGCCAAAAUUUGCAAUAGUUUGGGACAAUGUUAAAUUUCCACCACGCCAACAUAAUCAGGGAAUGUAAAAACAGUAAAAGUAAACUGAAUCUUUUUCAGUCCCUUGAAAUGAAUCUCCCGCACACAAAAAUGUAAAUUUUUCAUCAAAAUU